CAAAUCAGAGACUCAGUCAGAGAAAGAGAGAGGUUACAUGCAAGUGGUGGAACAUUGUCGGCAACUAUCAAAGAAGAAAAGUUACAACUUAAGUACAGAAAUGGCACAAGUCUAUAUGAAAGUAGAUGUUCUGUUUCUUCUAGCAACAGCCAUGGCUAUCUCACGUAGCGACUAUGUGAGAGCCUCUGAGGUGUUUGUGGUCAGUGGCUCAGUUGCGGUGUUGCCUUGUGUAACGUCUUCCCCAACUAAACAGUCCUCUGCUGUCACCUGGAAAAGAAUUUUUGAAAGGGAGGAGAGGACAGUGUGGCGCAGGGACAAGAGCGGGCUUGAGUUUCGGCCGGUUGGACAGGCACCACAAGCUCACUGUCCCUAUCCAAACUUUGGAAAUACAAAUUACAGUCUUCAUAUCGAAGGGACAAGGGAGGAGGAUGGAGGAACGUAUCGCUGCGAGGUGGAAGGACAGAAAUUCCAGGAUGUCAAGCUACAUGUCAUCAAAGUCUCCUUUACUCCUGCUGAGGUCUUCGAGGGUGAUCGGCUGACGGUGAACUGCAAUGUCACUCCAAAGAUAAAGUCAGUGAUAUGGAUGUGGGAACUGAAUGGCUCACCAAUUACCAGUAAUAGCUGGAAACAGACAUACACGGUCGAUAAAGUGUCUCAGAAGGAUGCAGGAACUUGGAGUUGCCUGAUGAGAAACAAGGAAACACAAGUAUGGUCCCAAGAAGUAAAGGCAUCCACAUUGCUGCAGGUCAAAGGAAUCCUGGUCCCUAGGGAUAACUCAGAGGUAUUGUAUGCAGAAUUGGGCUCUUCUGUCACCCUGCCCUGCAUCUUCUCGCACGAAUUCCUCUCAAACAGCUCUUCCUGGAAGAGAUUGUCCAAAACAUCUAAUCUGUCUGCCAUGCUUCCUUCGUUCUUCAUCGCAUCUUCCAAACCCGGAGUUUCUGGGUGCUCCUCGGUGCUGAGGGACAGAUCAGCAUACAUUGAGAGAGUGCAGGAUGGAGAUGAAGGCACAUAUAAAUGUUCAGGACAGGUGACAGGAGACAACAACAAGCGUGUGACGGUGGAGAGGAACAUUCAGCUGGUGACUACUCAAGUUGUGAGCUCAGACAGAAACGGCAAAACGACCCUGACCUGUCGCAUUAGCAACCCCACCCAAGUCACCAGUUAUGAGUGGAUCCAUGUGGAAUAUGGUGUGAAUGACACUCAGACAUUCACCUCUGUCCAAAAAUCAACAUCAAAAGUGCUGAGCAUCCCAAAAGAGAAGCAGCUAGGAGAAUGGGUGUGCCGUUUCUAUAACCAACAGCAGCUUCUGGGAAAUGCCACUUACCACCUGCAAAUGAUGAGUGGUUUGGAGGGACUGGAAAAAUCUACAAGUGGAAAUAAAGUAGUCACGAUUAUAGGACUGUGCUUUCUGUGCUUGUUGUUGGUGCUUAUUGUGCUUCAGCUGUACAAAAACCAUCGCAGGAGAAAAAUGAUCUUGCAGUACCCAGCUAUGGAGACGAUUGUCCACCUCGCUGCUAAUGAGCGAGAAUUUAGAGAACGGGUCAAAGUGAGAGAGAAAACCCAGAAUGGUGCAUGUGGUGAAGAUCUGAAAUCAGUGUUUGUGUAAAUACAUUGUAAAUCCAUUGUGAGGACAACAUCUAGAGACAAUUUCUAUGAUAAUUUCUUUUUGUGUGUGUGUGUGUGUGUGUGUGUGUGUGUGUGUGUGUGUGUGCGCAAAGGAAAGAGAGACAGAGGCAGGCAAUUGUAGCAUCCAUUUUCUUACAAAAUUUUUUGUUAUAAUACUAAGCAUAACUACACCUUUUUAUGUUGAUCUUAAUGUAUGAUACUGUAUAAUAUAUAGAUAUAUCAAUAAAGUGCAUGUAUUAUUAUG